AUGGCUUCUCCUUGGCUCAUAAUCUCUCUGCUUUUAUCGCUAUGCACUAAUCUCUCUACAUCAGCUGACGUUUUCCUCAGCAUUGACUGCGGAUCAUCGCUCCCGUACCGAGACACGAGCGGGAUCGGUUGGGUGGGCGACGAUGAAUACGUCAAGAGCGGCGAAUCCCGUUCCGUCAAGCCUCUAUACUCCCUCUCCCACGUAUGGGACACCCUGCGCGUGUUCACCUCGCGGAACAGGAACUGCUACGAGAUCGGCUCGGUGAAGCCGGGGCGUGUCCUUGUACGCGCGAGUUUUUACUACGGGAACUACGACGGCAAGAACUCGCCUCCCGGGUUCGCUCUGAGCUUCGAUGGGAACGUGUGGACUGAUGUCCAGACGUCGAAUGAUACCAAGCACUACUACUACUAUGAAGUGAUUUAUGUGAUGAAGAAGGACUCCAUUAGCGUAUGUCUUAUUCAGACAGAGACAGAGCAGAUCCCCUUCAUAUCGGCUCUCGAAAUACGCAGGUUGGAGUCGGACAUGUACAGUGAUGUCGACGACGAUUAUCCGUUGCUCAGGUGGGAGCGGGUUGCUUUCGGCUCAGGAGAUACCUAUUUUAGGUACUAA